GGCAGGCCGCGGCGGGGCGGCGGCGGCGGCCCCGGCUCCCCUCCGCGGGCCAGGAUGGCCCCGGUGCGCGGCCUGCUGCUCCUCGGCGCGCUCGGCGCCUUGCUCCUCUACCUGCUGCUGCCGGCCGUCCGGCGGGAGCGCGCCCCGCGCGCCGCCGGCUCCGCCGCGCGGACGGGCACCGUCGCCGGCGCGCCCGCCCUCUUCUACAGGGAGGCGCCCGGCCCCGGCGGCCCCGGCGGCCCCGGCGGCCCCGGUGGGCCGGACGUCCUGCUCCUGCACGGCCAGGCCUUCACCUCCAAGACGUGGGAGGCCCUGGGCACGCUGGCGCUGCUCGCCGGAGAAGGCUACCGCGCUGUCGCCAUAGACCUGCCGGGCCACGGGGACUCGCCCCCCUCCGAGACGGUGGCCACAGAGCGGGGCCGGGUGGCCCUCCUGGACCACGUCCUGCAGGAGCUGGCCAUGCGCAGGCCUGUCCUCGUCAGCCCGUCCAUGAGUGGCCGCUUCGCCGUGCCCUUCCUGCUGGCCCGGGGCGACCGGCUGGCGGGCUUCGUGCCCAUCGCGCCCGCGGGCACCGACGACUACGCUGCCGAGCGCUACCGGCAGGUCCAGACGCCCACGCUGAUCCUCUACGGCGACGGGGACGUGGGCCUGGCCCCGCGGGCGCUGCAGAGCCUCCGGCACCUCCCACGGCACCGGGCCGCCGUGCUGCGCGGCGCCGGCCACGCCUGCUACCUGGACCGGCCAGAGGACUUCCACCGGGCCCUGCUGGGCUUCCUGCGCCAGCUGGGGCGCGCGGGGGCCACCGCAGCCCCGCGCCCGGCCCGCCGCUGACGCCGGGGGCUCGGAGAGCUUUGCAGCCGUCGUCCCCGACCCGAAAUGGCACCCGGCAAGCCGGGGAAGGGCGCGGGGGCCUCGGAGGACCC